GAAAGGAUAUUGCAAAAAUGGGACUUAUGGAUAAGGCGUAGCAGAAGAGGGGGAGCAGAGCUACUAUAACUGAAAAAAAUUAACAGAAAAGAGAUGGAAAUGAUGAUCUCUUUCGUUUCUGGAAUUCUGCUUCUCCGUUUGUUAUCUGUAAUUCUUCAGUUUCAGAUCCUGGAACUUCGUUAGUUUAACAGUUUUAAGUGUCGAAAUCACUAGGGACUCUCUCCCGCCUCCUCUCACUUAGCAUCAGCCAUGGCUCUGCACCAGCCAUGUCUCUCCACAUCCACAUCCACAUCUUCCGUAGAAAACCUUAGCCUCUUCCUCCGCAACCGCCAUCAGAAGCAGCAGCAGCAGUGCCCUUACAGACCCACCAUGGCUACAACAUCAAUUGCGGCUUCCCCGUUACUCUGCCAUCGCCGGACGAGAACAAGGGGACUUGUUUUUGUGGGCAAAGAAGAGACUGAAUUGCGGGUGUCAGAUUCAGAGACCCAAGUCGAGCAGCAAGAGGACCCAACUCCUGAAGACCUCGAAUAUGUUCAACAGAUCCAAAGGGAAGAAGCUCCAAAGAAAAAACCUAGCAAAUCUCUAUAUGCAAAAGUCACUGACACCGGUGUUGAUCCUAAAGUGGCUGCUAAGAGACUAAACAUUGACUGGGAUUCAGCAGCUGAAAUUGAGGACAGUGAAGCCAGUGAUGAUGCAGAUGUUAAUCCAGUUGUGGGAUACGGUGCAUUGUACUUAGUCACUGCAUUUCCAGUCAUCAUUGGAAUCUCUGUUGUGUUGAUUUUAUUCUACAAUUCUCUCCAGUAGAUUUCCUCUUCCACCCCAAGCCUCCAAGCUAUUCAUAUGCAGUUGAUGCAAAAACCCAAAUGUUCUGGAGUGAGAGGGUCAGGCAGUUUUGAUGGCUCUGAUUCUACUUAAAAUUGACAAGUCAAAGAUGUCUUUCUGAAUCAAACAGCUUGAUUGAAUCCUAUCACGAGAUGCGUUCACUGUUAUCGCCAUAUUUAUUGUUGGGGAGAAACAACACAAUACUUGUUAUAACUGUAAGCAAAUGCACUUAAUGGACAAUGAUGUAUUUCCCUGGUGUUAAAUAUAGCAGAACACCAGAUGUACAUAGGAACAUUUUUGUAAUAUUUCCUUCUUGCUAUUUAUUCUUUUUUAUGAAUAUAGAAUUUAUUGAAGGAGA